UGACCAUUACGUUUUCCUGCUCCCAGCCCUACAUACAUCCAGUUAUGUAGUGUGUGAAUUUUAGAAAUUAGACUAGAAUUUUCUUCCGAUUUUUUUUUGUUUUCUUUUUUGGGUUUUUGAUUCCUCUCGUCCCUAUAAUCGCCAGUGUUUCGCCGUGAUCUUUUAUCGUUUUCAUCAAUUUCUUACCAUACCUUCAGAGAUUAGGGGAACCUCGGAUGAGUUUGAGUUGAGGUGUCGAUCCGCCGCAGCAUAAGUAAUAAUCUCGCAUCCGAUUAGGGUUUCCAGCCAAUUGAUACUCCGGCGAAUACAUAGAUAUAUACAGCUAUCCCAGAUUAUUUUUGGAGAAUUUUUUUCCUGUUUUUUGUUAUGUGAUUUGCGGGGACAAUUGUUGGGCUUUUUUUUUUCGGGUCAAUUGUCACUGGAUUUUGUUCUUGAGUUCUUGAUUUGGGGAUCGAGAACUCGGGGUCCGAUAAAUUUGUCUAGUCGAAGUGAAUUUUUUUUUUUUAUAUACAUUUAGUUCCUUUUGUUGGGAUUAAUCUCGCAAUUUGAUGGAUAAGAAGAAGGCUGCCGCUCCCCUGGUUUGCCAUGGCCAUUCUCGUCCAGUCGUGGAUUUGUUUUACAGUCCGAUCACUCCCGAUGGGUUCUUUCUUAUAAGUGCCAGCAAGGAUUCAAAUCCUAUGUUGCGGAAUGGAGGGACUGGAGAUUGGAUUGGAACAUUUGAAGGACAUAAAGGUGCAGUUUGGUGUUGUGUUCUAGAUAAACCUGCUUUCCGCGCGGCAUCAGCCUCUGCUGAUUUCAGCGCGUAAGUAUCCGCUUUUCCCUUUUCACAUUUCUGGUAACAGAUCAUAGACCUAAGUACUCUUUUAGUUUAAUGGAUUGAUUGUUCGAAAGAUCCAAUCUUGUUCUCCGUGCAACUGGAAAAUCAUCAUAUCUUUUUAUGCUUCAAUGCAGUUUAUUACUUUGCAUGUACUCACUUGAUUUAUGUUUCUUCUUGUUGUCGCUUAUUACAGGAAGCUAUGGGAUGCCUUGACAGGUGAUGAAUUGCACUCGUUUGAGCAUAAGCAUAUAGUUCGAGCAUGCGCCUUUUCUGAGGACACGCACUAUUUACUUACUGGUGGUUUUGAAAAAAUUCUUCGUAUAUACGAUCUGAAUAGACCAGAUGCACCUCCAAGAGAAGUUGACAAGUCUCCUGGUUCAAUUAGAACUCUUGCAUGGCUCCACAGUGAUCAGACCAUAUUGAGUUCUUGCUCUGAUAUGGGUGGUGUGAGGUUAUGGGAUGUCCGAACUGGGAAUAUUGUCAGAACACUAGAGACCAAAUCAGCUGUGACUAGUGCCGAAGUGAGUCAGGAUGGCCGUUACAUCACGACAGCAGAUGGGUCCACUAUCAAAUUUUGGGACGCAAAUCAUUUUGGGUUGGUGAAGAGCUAUGACAUGCCAUGCAACAUGGAAUCAGCUUCAUUAGAACCAAAAUAUGGCAAUAAGUUUAUUGCUGGAGGUGAAGACUUGUGGGUUCAUGUCUUUGAUUUUCACACGGGGGCAGAAAUAGCAUGCAAUAAGGGUCACCAUGGGCCAGUGCACUGCGUUCGAUUUUCUCCAGGGGGUGAAUCAUAUGCCUCCGGUUCUGAAGAUGGAACAAUUAGGAUAUGGCAGACACCUAACCAUAAUGAGGAUGAUCCAUUUGUUGCAAACGGGCCAAGUGGUGAAGGGAAGGAUGUAGCUGCAGAAGUAGCCGAAAAGGUUGAGGCCUUGGACUUAACAGACGAGAAGAAGCAGCCUGGUGAUGAUGAGGGAUCUAAAACAGAUGUCUAACCAGUACUAGGGUCAUAUAAUGUGGUUCGUUUUGCAACUAAGACAGAUUGUUAUGUUGUAAGUGGUAGAUUGGUUUAAGUGCGGUUUUCUUAAAUAAUUAUAAAGUUGAUGAAAAUUUAUCUUUUCAAGUUUCAUCUUAAUGAUGUGUCCAUCAAAACCCGGGUUAGAUUGGAUAGGUACUGAAAUUCUUAUUCAUACAAUAACACCAAACACGUCGAAUGGGAAGAGUACGG